AUGGCUUCGCUCGGAGACUACCGCGUUGCUGACAUUUCGCUGGCUGAUUUUGGCCGCAAAGAGAUUGAAAUGGCCGAGAUCGAGAUGCCUGGACUUAUGCAGAGCCGCACGGAAUUCGGUCCGCAGCAAGCGCUCCAAGGAGCUCGUGUCGCUGGCUCACUACACAUGACUAUCCAGACUGCGGUGCUCAUUGAGACGCUCAAGGCUCUGGGCGGAGACAUUCGAUGGUGUUCAUGCAACAUCUUUUCCACGCAGGAUCACGCUGCCGCUGCCAUUGCGCGCGACGGAUCGGCAGCAGUGUUCGCCUGGAAGGGCGAGACCCUCGAAGAGUAUUGGGAGUGCACUCUGAACGCUAUUACGUGGCCUUCGGACGACGGUAAGGGCGAUGGCCCUGACAUCAUUGUCGAUGACGGCGGAGACAUGACGCUCUUGAUCCAUGAAGGCUACAAGGCUGAGAAAGCGUUUGCAGCCAAUGGCAGUGUGCCGGACCCCAGCUCGACGGACAAUGCCGAGAUGAAAUGCGUGUUGAGUAUCAUUGCUCGUCUUCUCAAGACCAACCCGACCAAGUGGACGCAGAUUGCUCAGCGCUGCAAGGGCGUGUCAGAAGAGACGACGACGGGCGUUCACCGUCUGUAUCAGAUGGAAAAGAACGGCACGUUGUUGUUCCCUGCGAUCAACGUGAACGACUCGGUCACCAAGUCCAAGUUUGACAACCUCUACGGCUGUCGCCACUCGCUGCCUGAUGGUAUCAUGCGAGCCACGGACGUCAUGCUGGCAGGCAAGCGCGUCGUGAUUUGCGGCUUUGGUGACGUUGGUAAGGGCAGUGCUCAGGCAAUGAAAGCUGCUGGAGCGGUUGUGUACGUGACCGAGGUGGAUCCUAUUUGCGCCCUGCAGGCGUGUAUGGAGGGUUUCCAGGUAGUCCGUCUUGAGUCGAUUGUCUCGAAAGCGGACAUUUUCAUCACCACGACUGGCAACAAGGACAUAAUCAUGGCAAAGGACAUGCUGAAGAUGAAGAACAAUGCUAUUGUUGGCAACAUUGGUCACUUUGACAAUGAGAUUGACAUGGCUGGUGUCACUACGAUUGCCAAGCGCCAAAACAUCAAGCCGCAGGUGGACCGCUUUAUCUUCGAAGACGGCCACGCAGUCAUCAUCCUGGCCGAAGGUCGUCUGCUGAAUCUGGGCUGUGCAACGGGUCACCCGUCGUUCGUGAUGUCCAACUCGUUCACGAACCAGACUUUGGCUCAAAUCGAGCUAUGGAAGGAGCGGGACACGGGCAAGUAUGCCACUGGAAAGGUGUAUGUGCUGCCAAAGGAGCUGGACGAAAAGGUCGCGCGUCUGCACUUGGACAACUUGGGCGCUGAGCUUACCGUGCUGUCCGACGAACAGGCCGAGUACAUUGGUGUCAAGUCCACGGGUCCGUACAAGCCGGCAGCUUAUCGCUACUAG